AUGGCCAGGCUGGCGCUGCGUCCUGUGCCCAGCAGCGGGCUGCUGGUGCUGCUGGUGCUGCUGGUGCUUCUGUCAGGUGAGCCGGUGUUCGCGGGACCGAAGGACGCGCCUCGGAAUUCCCAAGGAGGCAUUUGCUCCUCGAUCUGGCAGUUCCCACGUUUCAUAGCCAGGAAACGGAACUUCAGCGUGACCAUCGUUUGCUUCCUGGAGGUCACGGGCAACGUGAGCUGGUUGUGGAAACAGGAUAUGGACUCGGAGCUCAGGAAUCUGAUCGUGAAGCCGGGACACUUCGAGCAGACCCAGAGCCCGUCCAACGCCACCCUCACCAUCAAAAACAUCGGGUCCGAGGACAACGGCAUCUACUUCUGUCAGCACACACGUGCGGACGGGGUCGUGGAGAAGGGCGGCGGCAGCGAGCUCCGAGUCAUGGGGUUCAGCUCCUUGAACCAGCUGAAGCGGCGGAACACACUGAAAGACGGCAUCAUCAUGAUCCAGACCCUGCUCAUCAUCCUCUUCAUCACCGUGCCCAUCUUCCUGCUGCUGGACAAGGAUGACAGUAAAGCCGGGAUGGAGGAAGACCACACCUACGAGGGCCUGAACAUUGACCAGACGGCCACCUACGAGGACAUAGUGACUCUGCGGACGGGGGAGGUGAAGUGGUCGGUGGGUGAGCACCCAGGCCAGGAGUGA